AUGAAACAUUUAUUGAUAUACAUUUACUUAUUGACUUUUGUUAGUGCUAAAAACACAUGUAUUAACGAUAAAUGUAAAGAGGCUAAUCUCGUUGUUAAUGAACAGAAUCUUGAAAAGGAAUCAGAUGAGUACUGGGAAGACAUUAUUGAAAUAUUAAAAGGUAUAUUAGGAGAUAACUAUGUAUAUAUUAUGAGUGAUGGAGAUAGCCCAAAAGAAGUUUUUGAAAAAUUUGUUCAAUUUAUAAAUAACAACUGGAUAACAAGACAAAUAAAAAGAGUUUUUGAGACAUCUAUAGAGUUUAAAGGGUUAUUAACUGAUUUUUACAAUGCAUGUCAAACAGGAAUAAAAAUGUCAAAAGAAGCUGAUAAAGAUAAAAUGAAGUC